GUUGAGUAGAUUUUAUGGGAGGGAGUUUGGUCCGAGAAAUGGGCGAAGCUGCUCAAGCAGCGCAGUUAUUAGAUGUGCAUGAGGGCCUUUCCACUUCAACGCCACCUCACAACAACAAUGAACAACAACAACCACCCCACAACAAAGCCAUGCGUGAAGGGGGCCAAGAGAGGCUCGAACCCAUGACCUCUAACUACCAACACUGCAACCCCGCGCGCUUCAAACCCUCAGAAGAAGAAGAGGAGGAGGAAGAAGAAGCGGCGCUCAAUUCUAGUAAGCAGGACUCAAUCGAUCGAAUGCGAUCCGUGUUGCAGAAAAUGAUGGAAAAAUCCCAGCCUUGUCAUGACUCGAUCGAUAGAGCUGUUGCUGCUCCCGCUCCUCCCGCUUCACUGACGGUAACGGUUGCGCUGCCAUGCAACAAGAGAAAAGAGAUGGAGUCGUCUACUUCUAGGGUUUACAGGGAGGAGCUCUGGCCUAACAGCGCCAUCGAUGUGCUCCUGCUGAAAUUCGAAGAUCUAUGUUACGAUUCGCACAGAGGGCGCCUCUUGGGGAAGACUCACUGGGGCCGAAUUGCAGCUGCCGUGAACGAUGCCUGUAGCGCAAACUACAGCGGGGUUCAGUGCAAAUAUAAAUGGAACAGGUUAAAAAAAUCUUACAACAAGGCCAAACUGCAUGGUGAUCCUUCCAGAUUUGUAUUUUAUAACCAUGUGGAUCGUAUUGUGAAGAAGGCCUCGGGGCAGAAGAUUGAGGAGGAGCCAGAGCCAGAGCCAGAACCAGAGGAAGAACAUGAACAGGAGGAUGAUGAUGUGGCAGUGGAGGAUGAUGACGUGGAUAGUACAUGUGAAGCAGCUUCCAACGAGUCCAAGUCUAGUGGGUCACCUUCCUUGAGUGCCACAGAGGAUGAUGAUGACAUUGAUAGGAGGCCUAAUAAGAGGAGAGAAGGGUUGGCAUCCUUGAGCAGGUCCGCCUUUGGGCAUAACAUGGAGAAGCGCAUGGCAAACCUUGCACAGACCAUGGAAAGCAUACAAAGGACUAGAACUGAUGAACUUAAGAAGCUUCUGGAUGCUCAGAUGGAGAUUACUACGGUUUUGGUCGCAAACAAAAAUGGGUUGAAACGAUGUGAUGGACCUGCUUCUGGCAUUGUUACUCGGGAAAUGAGAGAGACAGGGUUAGCACUACCACGGCUAGGAGGCAGUGCUAGCUUGAUUCCACCAUUAAACUUUUCGAUGGUUGAUAAGGGGGUUUAUAGAUCAGGAUUCCCAAACAGUUCAAACUUCUCAUUUUUGAAGACCUUGAAGCUCCGCUCUAUUAUUUAUCUUUCUCAAGGGGCUUAUCCUGAAGUUAACUUGGAGUUUCUAAGAGCUGAAAACAUUCAAAUUUACCAUUUUGGAAAAGAAAGAUUUCAGGGCUCUUCAAUGGGUAUUUCUGAGGAUGCCAUAUGUGAAGCAUUGAAGAUUUUACUUGAUUUAAGAAAUCAUCCCGUGCUAAUUCAUUGCAAAAGAGGGAAGCGUCCUACAAGUUGUUUGGUAGCAUGCUUACGCAAAGUACAGAAUUGGUGCUUGGCAUCAGUGUUCGAUGAAUAUCAACGAUUUGCUGGAAUAAAAUCCCAAAUAACAGAUAUGCAAUUUAUUGAAAGGUUUAAUUUACAUCAUAUAUAGGUCAUGGUUAUUCAUUUACAUUUCUUUAUCCUCCCAGGGAAUCAAAUCAUGGAAACUUGAGAUUUAUAAUAUACAUGUCAGCAAGCCCUGUAUUAUAAAGAAUGUAAUUUGUUUCUUGUAACAUGGAGGGGUUAUGAUUUACCAAACUAAUCAUGGAAGUGGUUUAGCAUUUCUGGUGUAGUAUAUGACCUUUACCAACAACGUAGCUAAUAAUCCAUCAAUUAGAUAGAAAGGUUGGUUGACUUCACAAUGCUACUAAAGUAUAUCCCUGGCAUUUAAAUUGUGCAACUAAUUUGUACUUCCUAUUAGUUGUCAACUGUGGCUCAUAAAUGGGGUUUCAUUAGCAGGGAAAUCAAUGCCAGUUUUGGUUCCAGUUUAAAGAGACUGGUUCACUGAUGCCGCAUGUUCCAAGUUGUGAUUGAAAUCCUUAUUGGGUUUCCAUGUGCUUGUUCCAAACCUCGCAUUACAUUCUUCUGGAUUGUAUUGUUCUAUAACACAACUGAAAUAUAUACAGCAGCGCGCUUUGUAUAAAGCUA